UAGGACCCAGCGGUGCAGCUCUGAUGAAGAAGGCAAUAGCACAACUAGCAAUAUUAUGGUAGCGUUUACCUGUACGCUACUGACGAACAACCUUAACCAUUUAAGCUAACCUACAGCAGCAUAUUUUAACACUAUUGUACACAUGUUGUACUGUUGGUAGUUGUCUUGUGACGGGUUCAGUGAACGCAGGAAGCUGCGGCUCAUCUCUCAGCUGCCGAUGGAGCACAUCCGACUACCAAAGGUGGAGAAUGUCAGGCUGCUGGACAGAGUCUCCCCCAGAAGAAGUAGGGUGGGCACCCUCUACCUGACAGCCACACACACCAUCUUUGUAGAGAACAAGACUGGAGUGCGCAAUGAAACAUGGGUGCUUCACAGUUUGGUGUGCAGCGUGGAGAAACAAGCCGCCGCACCCUCAGGAUGUUCUCUGCUUAUUCACUGCAAGAACUUCCAGGUUCUUCAUUUCGUCGUACCUCGAGAGCAAGAGUGCCAUGAUGUUCACCUUUCCCUGCAGCGUCUCUCCCAGCCAGAGCGUCACACGGAGCUGUAUUGCUUCUCCUAUAAGCCUAACGUUGAUGAGAAGGAGAGAUGUCAGGAAUGGGACUUCUUGGACCUCAAGGCUGAUUACAGCAGAAUGGGACUCCCAAACUCCCUGUGGAAACUCUCCCCUGUCAACCAACACUAUAAGGUGAGUGACACGUACCCCUCUGACCUCUUUGUACCUGCGUCCGCCACACCUCCGGUCAUAGUGGGGAGCUCCAAGUUCAGAAGCAGAGGCAGAUUUCCUACUCUGUCUUACUACUCCAACGAAAAUCAUGCUGCCAUCUGCCGUAGCAGCCAGCCCCUGUCUGGUUUCAGUGCUCGUUGCCUGGAGGAUGAACAGAUGCUGGAGGCCAUCUUGAGGUCCAAUCCCCGCAGCGACUUCAUGUAUGUGGUGGACACCAGGCCUAAGCUGAAUGCAAUCGCAAACCGAGCUGCGGGAAAAGGCUAUGAAAAUGAAGACAACUACUCCAACAUAAAAUUCCAGUUCAUUGGCAUCGAGAACAUCCACGUAAUGAGAAACAGCCAACAGAAAAUGCUGGGAGUGUGUGAGCUGCGUUCCCCCUCCAUGUCCGACUUCCUGGAAGGUCUGGAGAGCUCAGGCUGGCUGAAGCACAUCAAAGCGGUUUUGGAUGCAGGCAUCUUCAUCGCUAAGGCUGUUGCAGAGGAGGGGGUCAGUGUCCUGGUUCACUGUUCAGACGGCUGGGACCGCACCGCCCAGGUGUGUUCGGUGGCGUGUGUGCUGCUGGAUCCUUACUACAGGACCCUCAGAGGACUCAUGGUUCUUAUUGAGAAGGACUGGGUCUCAUUUGGACACAAGUUCUCUCACAGAUGCAACCACCUGGUCGGAGACCCUAAAGAGGUAUCUCCCAUCAUCGAUCAGUUCCUAGAGUGUGUGUGGCAGCUGAUGGAGCAGUUCCCCUGUGCCUUUGAGUUCAACGCGAGGUUCCUCAUCACGAUUCACAGCCACAUCUACUCCUGCCAGUACGGCAACUUCAUUGGCAACAACCAGCGGGAGAGGAUAGAGCUAGGAUUGCGUGAGAGGACUCACUCUUUGUGGAGUUAUCUAUGGAAGAACCAGGCAGACUACAUCAACCCUCUGUACCGACCUGACCACAGCCAGACACAGGGGCUCCUCCGGCCGUCUACUGCCCCCUACUGCUUUAAGUUUUGGAGAGGGCUGUACAACCGCUUUGACCAAGGGAUGCAUCCUCGGCAGUCUGUAGAGGAUUAUCUGAAGGCCAUCCAAGAGGAGACACAGCAGCUGGAGGAGCAGCUGGCUUCACACACACAGAAAAUUGCUCAUCUGGAGCAGGAGCAGGAGUGGAGUGUUACCCAGAAAGCAGUCACCUUUGAUAAGAGCCCCACAGCAUGGGCUCUUGGUAAUGACCUCGGCCUGGCCAACACCCCUCAGGACUACACUGGCGGCUUCAUCACUAGCAGCCCCUGCCAGCCGAAAGCACCAGACGGCCGCCAGAUCCUUCUGACCCAGGACUCCAACCAAACAUCUGAAUCCAACUUCUCCAACGGCAGCGACCAGGAGUCGGGGAUCGCAGACGUGAGCUGUCAUUCACCUCUCAGCGUGGACAGCACCAGGGAUCCAGACUCCGAUGAGGCUGCCUACUCAGCUGCCUGAGGAAAUGGAGCAUUUGUUGGAAGGUGUAGCGGCGAGCAGCCGUCCACUGUGUCCACUGAUCAAACACUACUGUAUCUUUUUACGUUCACCGUGUAACCCGGUUGUUGGCUAACUCCAGUGAAAAGUGUUAUUCGGGUUGCACAAGUAACUUGCACUUUUGUUUGCGUGUGGUGUGGUGGACUCGGCCUGUUGCCACAUGCAUACUUGUUGAGUGUUGUAGUACUGUAGCUGACUACAUUUUACUUCUUACCCUCUUACUUUCCCUGCUUAAGAUUCUAAAAGAAAUGGCAAAGCUGGAUAUGGCUAUUGUUGACUGCAGAGUUAAAUAACAGAAAGUUAAUACACUACACAAGAAGCAGUUUGAUGUGGGAGCAGUUUGAUUGAGUUAAGGACAAUUGUGAACAAUUCAAUGCACAUGUAGGCAGAGUGUUUCAACCCAUCAGAUUAAUGAUGAGCCUUUUAGGUGUCUCUGCUUGCUUUUUUUUUUUUUUUACUAUGGUCUUCCACACAGUAUACUUGUAUUGAUUAGGAAUUUGGCUUUGCAGUGUCAACCUUAUGAACACAAAGUUGUCAGAGGCACUUUGAUAUUGAGUUUUCAAAGCAAAGUGAAACAAUUGACAGAGCUCCAAAGAGACUAAAUCAUCAUUUCAGUUGCAUUUUUCGCGCUUUAAGAAGGCAAAAUGAUUUAACCCUUGUGCUGUCUUCCAUUCGACCAUGCAUCGUCUUCCCGGUCAAAACUGAAAAUCAACACUUUUUCUGAUGUUUUUGUCUCUUUUUUUCUACACUUUUGGCACUUUAUUCAAUGUUUUUUGGCACUUUUUUUUGACGUUUAACGGUUCUUUUCACUACCAUGUUACACAUGUUUAUAACAUCACCAACACCAACUCAUUACUAGUUUUACACUUAUUACUUAUUUUUGGAAUUCAUGGUCAAUAAAAAAACCUAAUUUAUGAGAAA